AUGGCUGCGCCCGUGAAAGGCGUUUCCGUGAUUUUUGAAGAAAAUUUAGCAAUAAUUUGUUGGAAUUGUGGGGAGAACAGACUGAAUCCAACAGCUGUAGCAGGGUUAAAUGAUGCCUUAGAUAGAAUUGAAAGGAAUCCUGAUGUCAGCGCUGUUGUAACUACUGGCCAUGGGCGGUUCUUCAGCAAUGGGUUGGACCUAGACUACAUGGCUUCACUGGAUGAUAAGACAAGAAAUAAAUUUUACUAUGCUGUAACCUCACUAAUUUGUAGAUUCAUUACAUUCCCAGUUCCAACAGUGGCAGCUAUAAAUGGUCAUGCUUUUGCUGGUGGCUGCUUCCUUGCCUUGGCCCAUGAUUACAUUGUUAUGCAAACUGAUAAAGGAUGGAUGUCUGCCAAUGAAGUUUUUCUUGGCUUGAGAAUUGGAGACUUUUUUACAGCCUUGUACAGGGCUAAAGUUGCAGAUCCCAGUGUAAGAAGAGAUUUGAUAAUCUUUGGGAAAAGAUUUACAGCACAGAUGGCAAAAGAUGUUGGACUUGUCACGAGAACGUGCAAGAGUGAGAGUCUUAUGACUGAGACAAAACGACUCGCGUCUGAAGCAGCCGAGGCUGGUUAUGAGCGUGACAAUAUUCGCGGGAUGAAAGUAGACAUGUAUCAGUCGGUGUUGGACAAGAGAUUGAAAAUGGAUGAGCACGGACCAUUAUCAAAGUUAUGAAACUACUUUCAAUCAGUAUUUGAUGCAACUUGCCAGGUUGUCUUUAGGAGGCUUGAAAGUGUCUCACGCAAAAUACAGAAUUCGGUCAUUGAAUUUCACUGAAACAUGUACAUUGUACACAUUGAUUAAACACUGCUGGUGCUACUAUUAUGGACACGAUGAGUAUGAUGCAUAAAAAGUAUCUGGCAAGUUUUGUACCUGCCACUGUGUUGUGAGCUUGUUUUAUUUGAUUCACCCCGCUGGAAUGAGGCGGGGAGGACUUGAUUAGCUGCGAGAAGGAUGACCCUAAAAAGUAACAUUGUGCAAGUUUGGUUUUCCAGUCCAGUCCAUGUUGUUAAGUCAGAUUGGUGUUAGAAGAACUGAGUUUUAUUGACCUAUGCAAUCAUUGAAACUUCCUAUUUGUUGUCAGUGAAUAAAUCCCAUGAUUUGAUAUUGGAAUCUUUAUCCUGAAGCUGAUCAUAGCCUUAUUCUGCAGCCAACAAUAUGUUCAGGUCCACUGAAUAUCAUGCAUCAAUUUUGCAAUUUGAAUCUUUGUUUUUAUGAUUU